GCAUGGUGGAGAAGCGCGGCCCGCUGCAGAGGGACGGCGUGUACCGCUGGUUCUCGGAGCUGCCGUCGCCGCAGCGCGUGGAGUUCCUGUGCGGCCUGCUGGACCUGUGCAUCCCGCUGGAGCUGCGCUUCCUCGGCUCCUGCCUGGAGGACCUGGCGCGCAAGGACUACCACUCGCUGCGCGACUCGGAGAUCAAGGCCAACAACCCGGCCGACCUGGGCAGCCUCACCAACCUCACGGACGAGGUGGUGCGCAGCAAGCUGCUGGUGUCGCUGGCGCUGCUGGGCUCGGAGCAGCGCGAGGCGGCGGGCGUGCUCUACCGCACGCUCACGCACAUCGACUCCAUCAUCCACAACUACGGGCUGCAGCUCAACGAGGGCCGCACGGGCGAUGAGUUCCUGCUGCUCUUCACCAUGGCCUCCAACCACCCGGCCUUUAGCUUCCACCAGAAGCAGGUGCUGCGCCAGGAGCUCACGCAGAUCCAGAGCAGCCUGAGCGGCGGCGGCGGCGGCGGCGGAGGCGGCGGCGGCGGCGGAGGCGGCGGCGGCGGAGGGGGGCCCGGGGGGCCCGGGGGCAAGAGCGCGCCCACCUGCCCGGCCUGCCACAAGAUUGCUCCCAGAGCUGAGACCCCAGUCCACAGUAACAGUCUGCAGAACGCCCUGCACACAUCAGCACAUUCCACGGAGGAUUCGCUGCCCAAGAGGCCUCUGGGAAAGCACAGCAAAGUGAGUGUUGAGAAGAUAGACCUGAAGGGAUGGUCGCACACAAAAAAUGACAGGAGUGUUGAAUGCUCCUUUGAGGUCUUGUGGUCUGAUUCUUCAGUAACGUCAGUAACCAAAUCUUCCUUAGAAGUGACUGAGUUUAUCUCAAAGUUAUCUCAGCUUUACCCCGAAGAGAAUGUGGACAAACUCAUUCCUUGCUUGGCUGGCUCAGACUCCUUCUAUGUGGAGCGGAACCAUGUGGGUCUGGAAGCGGGCCUGAGAUUCUUGGCUUCAUUACCUUCUCACAUAUUAAAAAAUGACCAUGUUAAGAAAUUUUUCAGCACCUCAUCUCCCACCCAACAGCUUCAAAGUCCAAGCCCCGGCAACCCCUCCCUUCCUAAAGUAGGAGCCGUGAUGGGUGUGUCUGGAAGGCCUGUGUGUGGAGUGGCCGGCAUCCCGUCCUCGCAGAGCGGUGCUCAGCACCACCUGCAGCACGCGGCCGGCGUGGCCGCCGCCUUGCCCCACUGCUCCCAUGCCGGGGGCGCGGGCUCAGCGCUGGCCUACCGGGCCCAGGUGGACAGCUCACCCGCCAUCCUGAUGCCGCCCAGUCUGCAGGCCCCACAGCCCCAGGAGCAAAAUGGAAUAUUAGACUGGCUGAGGAAGCUGCGUUUGCACAAGUAUUACCCCGUCUUUAAACAGCUCACCAUGGAGAAGUUUCUGAGCCUUACUGAGGAAGAUUUGAAUAAAUUUGAGUCCCUCACCAUGGGAGCGAAGAAAAAACUCAAGACUCAACUGGAGCUGGAAAAGGAGAAGUCGGAGAGGCGGUGCCUGGGCUCCGCAGCCCCGCCCUUGGUGUCCAGCAGUGGCGUGGCACGUGUUCCCCCGACCAGCCACGUGGGGCCCGUUCAGCCGGCACGCAGCAGCCACACAGCAGAGCUUCGGGUAGAGGUGGAGCCCCCGCCUCGCCAAAUGCCCCGCGAAGGCAGCUCCUCCGAGUACUCCAGCUCCUCCUCCAGCCCCAUGGGCGCGCAGGCGCGUGAGGAGAGCUCUGACAGCGCUGAGGAGAGCGACAGACGUGCGGACCUGCAGGCCGAGGGCGCCGACAAGGAGAAGCCCGUGGUGCUGUUGAGUCACUUCCCCUCCAACUCCGCCAGACCCACGGCCCAGGUCCUGCCCGUGCAGAACGAGGCCAGCUCUGGCCCCGCGGGCCACCACCCCCUGCCCCCCCAGCUAAUGCCCACAGCCACACCCCUGGCGCCCAUUCGGAUGCUGAGCUCCGUGCACAAGGCAGACAGAGGCAGCGCCGACGUGAAGCUCCUCUCAUCUUCGGUGCACUCGCUUCUGUCCUUGGAAGAUCGGAGCAAGGGGCCCGGCCCCCGGAGUGGUGCGAAAGUGGACAAGAGCUUCAGCAGCGCCGCCCUGGACACCCUGCCCCCCGCAGCGCCCCACCCACCCGUGCAGGUCCUCUCGGGACUUGCGGAGAACAGCCCGGUGUCUCCCACGGUCUCCUUUGGUCCUCGGGCCAAAGUGGAGCCUGCCGCCACGCUGCACAGGGUGCUGAAGACCGUGCCGCAGCCAGCCCUGGCGGCAGAGACCAGCUCGGCCGCGGCGGGCACGCCAAGUGCCGUCCUGCACGUGGCCCGGCCGCCCAUCAAGCUGCUGCUGUCGCCGUCGGUCCCCACCGAGCCCGCCGCGGGGCAGACCUCCUGCCCCAACAGCGUGCAGAUCAGCGUGGCGCCCGCAAUAAUCAACCCCCGGACUGCUCUGUACACAGCCAACACCAAAGUUGCCUUCUCCGCCGUGAGCAGCGUGCCCGUGGGGCCCCUGCAGGGCAGCUUCUGCGCCAGCAGCAACACUGCCUCCCCCAGCAGCCACCCCUCCACGUCCUUCGCCAGCCUGGCCACGCUGCCCAGCUGCCCGGCGCCCAGCUCCAGCCCGGCGCUCUCCUCGGUCCCGGAGAACACGUUCUACGGCGGCGGCGGCGGCGGUGGCGGCGGCUCCACGGGAAACAUUCCUGCCUCCAGCCAGGGCCACCACCACCACCACCACCAUCAGCAGCCCCCCGCGCCCCCCGCACCCCCCCCGCCCGGCUGCAUCGUGUGCACGUCCUGCGGGUGCAGCGGCAGCUGUGGCUCCGGUGGCCUGACUGUCAGCUACGCCAGCUACUUCCAGCACCCGUUCUCGGGGCCGUCCGUGCUCACCUUCCCCUUCCUGCCCUUCAGCCCCGUGUGCGGCAACGGCUACGUGGGCGCCCAGCAGUACGGCGGGUCCAGCUUCCCCGUGGUGCACGCCCCCUAUGGCGGCAGCGUGGCCCCGGAGCCCGUGCUGGGCGGGCAGUCCGCCUUCGCCGUGCCGCCCGUGCAGAACUUGAUGGCUGGGACCGCGGGGCUCUACCAAAGCCAGGGACUGGUGGGCAGUAGCAACGGCUCCAGCCACAAGAAGAGCGGGAACCUGUCUUGUUACAAUUGCGGGGCCACGGGCCACCGUGCCCAGGACUGCAAGCAGCCGUCCAUGGACUUCAACCGGCAAGGUACUUUUAGGUUGAAAUAUGCCCCUCCGGCAGAGAGCCUGGACUCCACAGACUGAUGUUUUUCUCUGGCAAAAGAACACUAUUAAGCCAUGGAGACCUAAGGAAAAGUAAAUUCAGAACUGAGAAGUCUAGUUGCUGUUGAGCUUAAUACUUUUAAUCCAAAGGUGCUUUAUUUUACUAGACUGGAUAGAAAAUCUAGCGUAGAAGUGCAUCAAACUCAAUCUUAUUGCCAAAAUCCUAGAUCGGAGCUUGUGUCAGGACUUGCUGGGGCCUCUCCCCGGCCAGGGAGCCGGCCGCGAGGCCUCUCCGAAGAGCUUCGCCUUGCUGCUCCUUCUAGGCUCACACUCAACUCCAGGGCAGCUACGCCACCUAAAUGGAGAUGCGAGGUCGGAGCUCCCCAGGCAGGCCCCGGGACCUCCGCAGCCCGGGCUAGGGAAGAUGUCUGUCUGUCUGUUUUGUUUUUCUCCUAAAGCGAUGAGGCACUAAUCUCUGGGAUUCUAAGGAUUGCACUACAGAGGAAUGUACCUGGCAGCAGCCGUCUGUGCGGUCGGGGCCAGGUCCCGCCACUCGGCUCGGCUCGGCUCGACUCGACUCGACUCGACUCGGCGUCACCACCAGCAGGCCGCUCGACUGAGCGCACAGCAGAGCUGUUAGUACGCCCUUCCCUUCUUCAAGCACUUGUAGCAGUUCCAGGCUUUCAAUUUUUUUCUCCUGAAAAUAAAUAAUAAACCCUACAAUAAUAAAUAGGAAUAGUUCACUCUCAACAACGUCAUUUCUAAGGGUCCAAAAGACCAUCCUCCUCUGCCCGCUGGGGGCUCCAAACCCGUUCUGUCCACCACACACCAACCCCUGGAGAACACGGGAGCGUCUGGCUUUGUGAGCUGUCUGUGACGGAUGCUACUGGUUGUCAGGAAAGCUGGCGAGUUGCUGUGUCUCGCGGGGGCUCCACGGACCCCGCCCAGCGCCCACUGCUGACAGUCACACUCAGCACAGACAUUUCAACAGUAAUACAGUCCUGUGAUUUAUAAGCAGAAGAUUUGAAACUUUCUCCUGUCAACUUCUUUUGUAUUAAGCUGUGUAUUUAUAGUUAAUUCCGUUAAAAAAUUGCCUAGAAAACUUCAGUAGGAGGAGAUAAGACUCAGAGAAGCCACUCGGCCAGCGCAGCCCAGGCCUGAGCGCAGCAGGAAAUACAGUCCUGUGGGUCCCUGCUUUACCCGCCCACAUGGAAGCAUUUUGGCUCAGAAUUUAGGGACUUCAGUCUUCAAGACGAAAGGGAAUUUUCUCCUCAAUAACGUUACCUAAAAUGCUAAAGCCUUCGUUGUUAAAACACGGAUGGGUGAGGUCUGCCGGCAAUUCUCCAGUGGCAUAUGUACAGAGAGGAACACUGCAGCUUCCAGACCAUUCUUCAAACCGGACAAUCAGCGGCAUGCCAAAUUGGUGUGAGUCAAAAGAAAGCCCUAGAAGGCGUGUGGUGCACUAACUAAAGCAGAACGUUGUUACAUUUUUUUAUGAAGGCUUUUAGUAGAGUUUUAUAGUAUUCUUUUAGUCGUUUUAUUUCUAUGCAAUGCAGAAUUGACAGCCCUGUAUUCUCUGUUACUGGCACAGUGCUCCACGCGGUUCUGAAGGAUGAGCCGCGGACCUCUACCUUCCAAACACUACAGCACGCCGGACAGGACCUGACUGACACUACUUUGCCUUAAAGAGUCCCAGACUGGAGCUUGUGGUGUUGUGUUAAUGAGGAAGACUUCAAGUGUUUAUUGAUGUUUACGAUUUUACUAUUUCUGAAGGCCGUUACAGUGGCCUGGAUAUGUGCUGAAAGCCAAACUUUUAAAUUUUUUGGUUUUUUUAAAACAAAGAAAUAUUUUAAAUAAAUCCUAUUUCAACACAGUGAAAUUGUUGGAAACUGUCUCAUAG